CAACGUGAGAAAAAGUCGCGGCCGGAUUUCCCACCGCAAACUUCUCAAACGGAUCCGAACGGUUCCGUCUCUUUUCGUGUCAGAGGGGGACAAGGGUUCGGCUCAGUUCGGUCCGGGUGUGCGUGUUUGUCGGUUCUCUUCUCGCUGUUUGUUCCGGUGGAAAGCGAGUCGGCGCUGCAGAAACUUGGGUCCGGCGACCACUGCGUGUGGCGGAGUCGUUGUUUGUCCGAUGUGCGGAGAUGCAACCGAACCAGAACCGGGACCAGAACCGGAGCCGCGGUCGGUGUGAAUGAACGGCUGGCGAAGAUGAGAGUCUUGCUCUGGAUUCAGAUCCUGCUGUUGCAGAGUUACCCGGGGACCUGCGGCAGCGGUGUGCGGUUCACCAGAAACCCGUCCAACCUGACGGUGACCCAGGGGAACCUGGCCCGGCUCGGCUGUGCCAUCGAGGGCCUCAGCGAACCUGAGAUCAUCUGGAUGAAGGAUGGAGAGAAACUCUACAGCACUGACCAGAUGUACAUCACACUAGGAGACCACCACUGGGAGACCUACCACAGUGUGAAGUCGGUCCAGCAGCAGGAUGCUGGUCAGUAUUGGUGUGAGGUGGAGUUCCAUGGUCUCACCUUCUCCUCUGAACCGGCCUGGAUCACCGUAGAAGGAGUCCCUCACUUCACACAGGAGCCACACGAUGUUUCUACCUUCCCUGGCAUUCCCUUCAACCUGACCUGUGCUGCCAUUGGCCCUCCCGACCCCGUGGAGGUGUUGUGGUGGCUGGGGGGGAUUCAGGAGGGAGACCCAGCCCCCUCCCCCUCAGUCCUCCAUGUUGCAGGUGUAAACAGCAGUGUGAAGUUUUACUGUGAGGCUAAGAAUGCCAGAGGGAUCUCUGUAUCUCGUACAGGAACAGUGUACAUCAAAAGUCUGCCGUCAGCCCCAGUGGGAGUUCAGGUCUUGUGGAUAGUAGAGAACAAUGUGACGUUGACAUGGAAACCAGGAUUCACAGGACACUCAGACCUGUCAGUCUGCACCAUCCAGGUAUCUAAGCGGUCGGGUAAGAAGGUGGAGGUCCCGGACCAGAAGGUGGUGGUUCCUCCGCAUCUGCAGGUCCUGACCAGUCUCAACAGCUUCUCUAACUACAGCUGCAGAGUGUCCUGUUCCAACGAGGUGGGACCGUCGCCCUUCUCCCCCUGGAUCCACUUCCAGACCCCAGAAGCAGUGCCAUCUGCAGCUCCCCGGAAUCUAACCUUUGACCUGACAGAGCAACGGUUGUCGCUUCGGUGGGCGGAGCUUGACGAGGAAGAGCUGCAUGGAAAACUACUUGCCUACAAGGUUCAGUGGACCCUCGGCGGAGAGGGCCAGGAGGCUUUGCUUUUUAAGGAGAACGUGGCUCACCUGUCCGGAGGGGGGCGGUUCUUUAACAGCACCUUCCAGGUAUCUGCUUGUAACGUGGUGGGCUGUGGACCCUGGAGCCCACCGGUCCUCGUCAUGCCCGCCUCAGUGCAGGCUCGGGGCCAGAGGAGUCAUCUCUGGGUGGGGGUUCUGUUGGGUCUGCUGGUAGCCACCAUAGUGGGACUGCUGUUGACCUUACUGGUCAAGCGCCACGGCAAAGAGACUCAGUUCGGGUCGGUAUUUAAAUCUCCGGGAGCCGAGAGCUCCGUCUCCUUCACCGCCGCUCGAUCCUUCAACCGGCACUGCCCUGACCCCCCUGAGUCCUCCUUGGACAGUCUGGGAAUCAACGACGACCUGAAGACCAAGCUCCAGGACGUCCUCAUUCCAGAGAGACUACUGACCCUCGGACACAUGCUGGGGAAAGGUGAGUUUGGGUCCGUGAGAGAGGCCUACCUGAAGAUGGAGGACGCCUCGGUCCAGAAGGUGGCAGUCAAAGUGUUGAAAUCGGACAUCACGUCGUCAGGAGACAUCGAGCAGUGUCUGAAGGAAGCGGCCUACAUGAAGGACUUCCACCAUCCCAACGUUAUCCAGCUUAUUGGUAUCAGUCUUCACAGACGUCCGGGCCAGCGACUCCCAAUCCCGAUGGUGAUCCUGCCCUUUAUGAAGCACGGGGACCUGCACACCUUCCUACUGUUGUCACGACUGGGAGACGAGCCUUUUGAGCUCUCGCUGCAGACUCUCAUUCAGUUCAUGUUGGACAUCGCCCGUGGCAUGGAGUACCUCAGCAGUAAGAGCAUCAUCCACAGAGACCUGGCAGCUCGCAACUGCAUGUUAAAUGAAAACAUGACAGUGUGUGUGGCGGACUUCGGUCUGUCUAAGAAGAUCUACAGUGGGGAUUACUACAGACAAGGCUCGGUCUCCAAGCUGCCUGUCAAAUGGAUCGCCCUGGAAAGCCUGGCGGACAACGUGUACACCACACAGAGUGACGUGUGGGCGUUUGGAGUGACCAUGUGGGAGAUCACGGCCCGGGGCCAGACGCCCUACCCCGGCGUGGAGAACUCGGAGAUCUACGAGUACCUCAUCAAAGGGGAGCGUCUCAAACAGCCGCCAGACUGCCGGGACGACAUAUAUGAAAUCAUGCACAGCUGUUGGAGCCCGGUGCCAAAGUGCCGGCCGAGCUUCCUCCACCUCAUCAGCCAGCUGGAGGCGCUACUGGCCAGCCUCUCUCCCUCGCCUCUCAAGGAGCCGUUACUCUACGUCAACCUGGAGGGUGAGGAGGGCGAGCAGGGAGGUGAUGGGCUGGAGGGGCUCUCCGGGGCUGCGGGGCCUGAGGAGCCGACCUGGGGCAUCCCCUGGCAGUGUGGGGCUGCGGCAGACCAGGACAGAGACUGGCUGAUGGCCCCGUCCGGAGUGGCCCUGGCCAUCGGGGGGGAUUACCGUUACAUCAUCGGCCCAUGCGGCACUUCCGAGGAGGAGGAAGAGGCAGUGCAGGAGAGGGAUGUGAUGUUCAGAGAUGAAGAGGAGGAUGUCGUUAUUAAUGUUUGACUCGCAAUCAGACGAGAAAACAGCCAAUCACCACGGCCCACUUCCCGCCGCCCACCAAACCCACAACCUGGUUUGACUUCCUGCCUGGUUUGACCCUGUAUGGCGCAUUAAGAUUCAUACAGCAGAAGGUCAAAGGUCGUAGGAUAAACGUUAUAAGCCACACAGAGUGGUGGUGAAUCAGGAUGGAGUGCCAGUGUGCUGCAGACACAAUGCAUUAGAAAUAAGCUGAGUUUGUAUAUCGUUGAUCUGAGACCUGGUUUGUCCUCGCCACAAUGUUGAGCGCGAGACAACUGGAGAUUUUAUUUGAAUUUAAAUACUGUACAGCCAGACUACACUCGGACUGAAUCACUCACGCUGUCCUAAUCCGCACCUGUGACCGCCUUAGUUAGUCUGAUCACUGAUCCGAGCUAACCUGCUGAGAUGCUGCAGAACCGGCAUCCAGAUCCCCGCCCACCUCUUACUCCAUCCAGAUUCUGUCUUUCUGCUAAAGCUGUUCUUUGGAGAUGCUCCUGGCCAGUAAUGAAUAUAUAUAUAUAUAUGGUUUUCAUUAUGACUGGAUGGUUAUGAAGCCUUAAUGAAAUCUAUUUUUCCCUAUGAGCAUCUUCUGGUGACUGUGAAUUUCUCAACUAGCUUUAGAGCCUGCUGUCCAUCUCACCGGGCAUUUGAAUUGUGUGGUUUAACAAAACGUCUCGUCUGCACUUCAGCCUCCAUUAAUACAGUUGCUAACCAAACAUGGCACUCCGGUGCUAGUUUCCAUCAUUGCAAAAGGGCCCUGAAUUUAAAUCGUGACCGUAACAAUGACGAUAACAUACAGACGUCAUUUGUACUUCGGUCCUCUUUUCUAGAUAGGUGAAUGUUUUGUAUAUAUGGAGUGUCUUCUGUGACACUCGGCCUUAAAUCAACAUUCAUUUCCUGUCAGCCCCCAGCUGCUUGUGCAUGACACGUGUGAACUGUCAGUCACGUUAACAGGUAUGUGCAUUUAUUCAGUAGGAUGUAAAGCUGCUUCAGCUGCUGCAGAAGGCAAAUGGCGGGUGGAAGUUGUGAAGCCGCCGCUGCUCAAGAGUUGGUUUCAUGUCUCGGUGCUGCUUUUUAAAAGAGUCCCCUUCCUGUUCAGCUGCCGGGGCCCCAUCCAUCACGUUGGGCUAUUAAGGGAUGUGCAGCUUUAACUUGAAAAUGUUUUGUAAAAGCGUGUUCAGUGAAGCGCCCUCCACAGACGGCAGUCCAGAUUCUGCUGAGGACGUCUUGGUGUUGUGCUGUUCUUACCUGUGUCUGUGCUCACCUGUGCUGAUUUGUACAGAAAAGCGGAUGUCAACUACUCAAAUGAAUAAAAUAAAAAGUUGUGUUUUUUUGUU